UCUGUUUAAUUCAAAUUCAAAUUUUCAAUUCAGUUGAAUUCUGUUAUGCAGAAUUUGACAAAAUAUAACAGAAUUAAAAUUUUUAAUUCGGUCGGAUUCAGUUGUUUAAUCAGGGUGAAUAUCUAGUCACUCGCACUCGGUAAAUUAAUAUUACGUGAAUCUGUACGUCCACGUAAUUAAAAAAUAGAAUAAGGCCCAAAGUCCCAAAAGUUCAAAAAUCCACCGAGUACAACCAAAACAUCAAAAUAGAUUUCAAAAAUGGCUGCAGCUAUGGAUCCCGUAUGUGAAAAAUCUGUUCAAGAUGAUAGAGAAAAACUAAUGGAACAUAAAGAAACUGAGUCACCAUUAAAAGAAAAUCUUGAAGAUUCGGAGGAUCUUGACGAUUCGGAGGAUCUUGAAGAUUUGGAGGAUCUUGCCAAUUGGCUUAAGCAGUAUGACGAAUCAGAAAAUGAAUUUGAAGCCGAAGAAAGUGAAAGCCAGACCGUGGGAGAAGCAUUGGAAGAGCCGACUGACCAUGAAAAGCCUGGUAAUGUAACUUAUGCAGAUAUUGGAGGACUGAGUGAUCAAAUUCUUGAGCUGCAAGACGUCAUAGAGUAUGAUUUAAUACGUUCUAAAUUCUUCAAGCGAUCAAAGUGUAUGAUUCCAAAAGGAUAUCUUUUAUAUGGACCUCCUGGAACGGGAAAAACACUUUUAGUUCAAGCUCUUGCCAGUCAACUUAAGGCUAAUUUUAUCAAAGUUGUCUCGAGUGAUAUACUUGAUAAGUCCGUCCGUGAUCCAUCUGGAUUUAUUUAUGAAAUAUUUACUUAUGCUAUCCGAAAUCAGCCUUGCAUUAUAUUCAUGGAUGAAAUUGAUGCUAUUGGUCGUCGAAGAUUACCUGAGGGUACUAAGACUACUAAACUUGAUCGUAAAAAUCACAGAACGCUUAUGGAGUUAUUGAAGCGAAUAGACGGUAUUGGUAACCGGCAUCGAAUUCUAAUAAUUGCGACGACUAAUAAACUAGAUACUCUUGACGAAGCUUUAUUAUCAUCGGAAAGAUUAUCCAGGAAAAUUGAAAUCCCAUUGCCAAAUGAAGAGGCGAGAUUAGAAAUUUUGAAAAUUUAUGCACCGAAAACCGCUAAAGAAUUUGAUUAUGAAGCUAUUGUUAAACUAACAGAUGGAUUUAACGGAGUUGAUUUAAGAAAUGUAUGCACAGUGGCAGGAUACUAUGCAAUACAUUUACAACACAGUUGCGUUACUCAGGAAGACUUUAUGAAGGCGAUUAUAAAUGUAUCUGGUCCUAAUCCUUAUCUGGACUAAUCAUACAACAAAAAAAUUGGAGUCGAAAUUAAAUGACAAGCCAGUUUAACUUUUUUUUUUUUAAGUUUUCUUAUAUUAUAUCUAUGCGUUUUAUUAUAAAAAUAAUUUAAAUAAAUAGUGAAUUUACUAUCAACUUUACUUACCAACCCGAAUUAGUUUCUAUAUUACUCA